UAAAAAUACGUGAAAUACAUGAAAUAACUUUUUAUCUUGUUCCCGAUAAGCAGUAAAUCAAAUGUCCUCGUCAUGAAUCUAGUGUUGAGUGUGAUGUGUCUCCAGUCCAGCAGGAGUCGCUCUGCAGCUCUUCAGUCCGCCGAUAAACCCACUAAAGAAAGAAAGAAAGAAAGGAAGUAGAAAACCGAGCGCUGCGUGUUUACGUUAUUUUAAUUUUCAUAGAGUGUUGUUUUUGUGUUGUUCUUCGUGUUUAGUUGAUCAUCAUGACGUCACUGUCUGAUGGGAUGCGCUCCAGACACACACAGGACUCCGAGCUCAGCCUCACUUUACUCUGUUAUAGUGACACAAACCCCACAGACGCUCAGGACACUGUGUGUGACAGUAAUCACACCUUGAAUCAGGAUGAAUCUACUGAUCAAACCUCCACAGAGUCUCUGGAUUCUGUCUGUAACGCUGGAGAACAGCAGAUCCUGAACACCAGACCACUGAACAUGUGUUCUGUCACACUAAUUGGGAUUGAUGGGAAAGUGAUGGAGAUAAAAGCAGAACCCGAAAUAAAGGAAGAACAAAUAGAUGAAAGAUGAGAAUGAUGAUGAUGAUGAUGAUAAAGUUACAUCAGAACCCACAUCAGAGGAACAUCAAACUGACGAAGAUGAGAAUCAGGAGGAGGACGAUGAUGAUGAUGAUGAUGAUUUUAUUCCUUCAGAUGACAGCAGUGAUGGAGAAACGCAAGAGGACAGAGGGAUUCAACGGGGGAAAAAGAAGCAUGAGUGUCCUCACUGUGUGAAGAGAUUUUACAGUGCAUCUUGUUUUGAAAGACACAUGCGCGCACACACCGAAGAGAGGCGAUAUCAGUGCAGCGAAUGUGGAAAAACCUUCAAAUAUUCAGGUAGUUUGAGAUCGCAUCAGAAACUUCACUCUGACGAGAAACUCUUUCAGUGUUCGUACUGUGAGAAACGUUUCCGUCAGAAAGCUCACCUGACGCUGCACGAGAGAGUUCACACUGGAGAGAGACCUUACCUCUGCUCGGACUGUGGAAAGAGCUUUUCAAAUUCAAGUGCUUUCAGAGAUCAUCAGAGAACUCACACGGGAGAAAAACCUUAUCACUGCAGCGUUUGUGGGAAGAGAUUUUCAACUUCACGUAGUUAUAGAGAUCAUCAGAGAGUUCACACGGGAGAAAAACCUUUUUCCUGCAGUUUCUGUGGGAAGAGCUUCAGCCGACGUGACAAUUUAAGGACACACAAGAGACUUCAUACUGGAGAAAAACCUUACAAAUGCUGUCAGUGUGACAAGGCGUUUACUCAGCGAGUUCUUCUGAAACUCCAUCAGAAAGUUCACACUGGAGAGAAAUCCACCAGAUACUCCAGUGCUGAUGAUGUGUUGUGUGUUUGUCAGAUUGUGGUAAAGGUCGAGUCAAACCCCACAGACGCUCAGGACACUGUGUGUGACAGUAAUCACACCUUGAAUCAGGAUGAAUCUACUGAUCAAACCUCCACAGAGUCUCUGGAUUCUGUCUGUAACGCUGGAGAACAGCAGAUCCUGAACACCAGACCACUGAACAUGUGUUCUGUCACACUGAUGGACUGCAGAAAACUGAUGGAGAUGAAGACUGAACUCACAGUAAAGGAAGAACAGACUGAUGAAGAUGAGAAUCAUGAUGAUUUUGUUCCUUCAGUCAAAUUGAACAUAAAAACAGAACCCACAUCAGAGGAAGAACAGACGAAAGAAGAUUUGAUUUCUUCAGAUGAGAGCGGUGAUUCAUGUCAUGAUGGAGAAACGGCCUCUACAUCAAAACAGCGACUGACAGCACAAACUCUUUCCUGCAUCACCUGUGGAAAGACAUUCAGUUCACAGAGACGUUUAGAGACACAUGAGAGAAAACACACAGAACAGAAACUCUUCACCUGCACCAGAUGUGACAUCAGCUUUCCUACCUUACAAGAGAAGAAACUUCAUUCACAAGAGCACAGAGACAAGAAACACUUUCACUGUCAGCAGUGUGGAAAGAGUUUUAGCUCGUCUUCUAAUCUGAAGAAUCACAUGAGGACACACACUGGAGAAAAACCUUUCCACUGCAGUGAAUGUGACAAAUAUUUCAGCACCAAGGGAACUCUUGUUCUUCAUCAGAGAACUCACACGGCAGAGAAACCUUAUCACUGUUAUGUUUGUGGGAAGCGGUUUUAUUGUCAGGAUCAUUUAACAAAACACCUGAGAAUUCAUUCAGGUGAAAGACCUUUCAAAUGUUCUCAGUGUGACAAGACGUUUGGUCGAUCAGAUGGCCUGAGAACUCAUGAGAGAGUUCACACUGGAGAGAAACCUUAUCACUGCUCCAUCUGUGGAAAUAACUUUUCUGAUCAUAGUACUUUUAAAGUUCAUCUGAGAAUUCAUACUGGAGAGAAACCUUAUGAGUGCAGUGUUUGUGGGAAGAGUUUUAAUCGUCAUCACCAUUUAGAGAGACACAAGAAAGGUCACACUGCAGAAAAACCUCAUCUCUGUAAUGUUUGUGGGAAGCGUUUCACUCAACAAACUACCCUACUGAAUCAUCAGAGACUUCAUACAGGUGAAAGACCCUUCAAGUGUUCUCAGUGUGACAAGACGUUUAAUUAUUCAGGUAGCUUGAGAAUCCACAAGAGAGUUCACAGUGGAGAGAAACCUUAUCAAUGCUCUCAGUGUGGAAAGAGCUUCACUGAUUCAAGUUCUUUUAAAGUCCAUCAGAGAGUUCACACUGGAGAGAAGCCUUAUCACUGCUCCAUCUGUGGAGAGAGAUUCGGUUAUUUAGGAACUUUUCAGACUCAUCAGAAGAAACAUGCUGAAGAACAAACUGCACUGGAAUCAUCAUAACGUCUAUAUCCUGGAAUCAUUUCUGUGUAAUAUGUGCUCGUAUAAAUGAUUCAGUUGUUUUCUUCAGCUGCAUGUCUUGUAUGUAUGAUGUAUGAAUUGUCUCAUGUAUGAAUUAAAAUGAAUCUGUUUUAUGUUUUAUGUUUAUUAGAUACAUAACAACAUUAUUAUUAACGUCUUGUACAUAUAACAGUUUGUACUUAAGAUGAGCGUAUUUUGUGUGCACAGUAAAGCUCGACCUCUCGAACCUUAUUGUUACUUAACUUUUAAGACUGAAUGGACAGGUGAACUCGUGAACUGUGUAUUCUUUAAUAAGAUGUUAUAAAAUGUGAGGGGAAGAGACUUGAAAUAGAUAUUAUUUUGCGAUAUUUCAAUUAUUCUUUUUACUUUCGGACAGGUGCCAAGUGCCAAAUAUAAUGAUGUCCGAACGAUUUUACAUGUAUUUAUGAACAGAACGUGUUGGAAAAAUGUAACACAGGAGGUUUAACGGUUGUUUUAUUUUCUAAUAAAUGAAAAUCCCACAUUGGGUGAUGCUCA